GCCAGCUCAACACUCGUCUGACAAGUUUCCUCGGAUUCACAAACCUUCGCAUCUCAUCUUCUCACUGCUAACAUUCAACAUGAAGUGUGACGCCGUUAUCGAGAAAAUCAAGGCCCGCGUCGCCGCAAUCGAUCCCAAUGGACCCCGCAAGGUGCUCGGAGUGUUCCAGCUGAACAUCAAGGCUGCCGAUGGAGUGCACGAGAUCAUUGUCGAUCUGAAGAACCUGAAGGUCAGUGAUGGAAAGGCUUCCGGUGCCGAUGUAGUGAUCAAUCUGAGCGAUGAGGACUUCAUUGCCAUCGGAACCAAGGCAAUCUCGGUGCACGAUGCCGUCACACAGGGCAAGGUCAACAUGACCGGAGAUGAAGCUCUCUUCCAGGCCCUGGUCGAUGCUAUCUAGGCGUGAUGAUUGACCAAAACAAAGCGACGCGUAAAACUGGUUACGAGAACUAAGGCAAUCAACUAGGAGACAUUCCGAAAUUAUUUCAGCACCCAUAUGUCAACUUAUGGGUACCAAAAUAAUUGGAAAUAAAACUUAUUUUAGUUUUCAGGAUCAAAGAACCUAAUUUUUAUUCAUAAAAUAUUGUAAACCUUCAAAUAAACGAAAUUUCAUUGACCGUU